GUAUUUCUAGAGAUGAAGAGAAAUAACACACAACAUUCUUUACCUCGAUCGAUAUUACACCUUGUAUCUCAGGUUUGUUGUUGUUCUUCCUCAGUUUAUUUCGUUUGAUAAAUCGCUCUUAUUGAUUAGGAUCCCUAGAUCAAGGGGUCUUCUUUCCUUUCCUUCACUUAUGUCCUAGUAACUCGUUGUUUCUUUUGCAUAGUUCGGGUUUUAGUAGUUGAUAUGUGUUCAAAAAAAAAAGUAGUUGAUAUGUUUUGUUCUGCUUUUAUAUAUCAGUGAAAAGAUUUGCGCUUCAGAAAUAAUGGCGGCUAUCCCCGAGCUUAACUCUGAUGCUGGAUUGAAGAAGCUUGACGAUUAUCUUCUCACUCGCAGUUACCUUACGGGGUACAAAGCUUCAAAAGAUGAUCUCACCAUCUUUGUGUGUCUUUCAAAUCCCCCAUCUUCACAGUAUGUGAACUCAUCUCGCUGGUACAACCACAUUGUUGCCCUCUUGAAGACCUCUGGUGUCUCUGAUGAAAGAAUUGGUGUCAGUGUUGAGGGAUCAUCCCCAAUCACAGAAGGGGACGUUGCUACACUCCCUGCAGCUGAUUUUAAGGAUGAUGAUAGUAAUGAAGAGGAUGAUGAUGUUGACCUUUUCGGAGAGGAGACGGAAGAGGAAAACAAGACAGCUGAAGAGAGAGCAGUUUCUGUCAAGACAUCUACAAAGAAGAAGGAAUCUGGGAAGUCAUCAGUUUUAAUUGAUAUCAAGCCUUGGGAUGAUGAGACUGACAUGAAGAAGCUAGAGGAAGCUGUGAGAUCCAUUCAGACGGAAGGACUAUUUUGGGGAGCAUCAAAGCUUGUCCCGGUUGGUUAUGGAAUCAAGAAGUUGCAGAUCAUGUGCACCAUAGUUGACGAACUUGUGUCUGUUGACACCAUGAUUGAAGAGCAGCUCACCGUCGAACCAAUCAAUGAGUACGUCCAGAGUUGUGACAUUGUUGCCUUCAACACGAUUUGAAAGAAGUCUCUGUGUGUUUAUGCAGUCUGGUUCUUAGUCUAUAUUUUGAUUUACUAUUGCUUUUGCAUUAUUUUUCAUGAAGUUGUAUUCCAUCUAAUCUCAAUACAAGUCGAAGUUAUUAUACUA